ACGAAGUCAGUGGUUUGCUAAAUAUGGCGGUGUCUUCGUUGUACCUGGGUGUUGACGUUGGUGGUACCAACACUGACGCUGUAGUGUUGAGCGGAGAUAAAGUGACAGGAUGGGCGAAAACUGCCACUACCAAAGAUAUCACAAGUGGUAUAACAAUGGCAAUAAUGGGGGCUCUGCAGGACAUGAAAUCCCAAGGUCACCAAGGUCAAAUAUCGCAGGUCAAUAUUGGCACUACACAUUUUCUCAACGCAGUAAUUCAGAGAAAAAAUCUGGCAAAGGUAUCAGUAAUCAGAUUAUGUGGACCAGCUUCAACCAGCCUGCCACCAUGCAUUGAUAUCCCAUCAGAUCUGUCAAAGGUAAUAUGUGCAUCUACACAUUUACUGCAAGGUGGAUAUGAAUACGACGGUAGAGAAAUAACAUCUGUGGAUGUACAGGAAGUUAAAAGUUGUAUUCAAUUAUUGAAAGAGCAAGGAAUUAGAAAUGUGGUUGUUUGUGGUAUAUUCUCUCCAGUUAAUCCAACCCAAGAAUUAAAGGUGGCCUCCAUAUUUAAAGAAGAGUACCCUGAUGUCAGUCUAACUUUGUCACACACAAUAAGCCAAAUUGGUUUGCUGGAAAGGGAAAGCGCAGCAAUAUUGAAUGAGAGUUUAAAGCCACUCUGUUUACAAACCAUCAGUGCCUUUCAGACUGCCCUGCAACAGCUGGGACUUGAUUGUCCUUUUUACCUGACCCAGAAUAAUGGCACAAUUCUCAGUGCUAAACACGUCUUAGAGUUUCCAGUGCGUACAUUUUCAUCUGGGCCAACAAACAGUAUGCGAGGAGCAGCACAUUUAUCUGGAGUUAAAGAUGCUAUUGUUUUAGACAUUGGUGGGACGUCUACUGAUGUGGGUUGUCUGAAUAAAGGACUUCCAAGGCUUGCUUCAACACAUGUAGAGUUGGGUGGAGUGAGAACCAACUUUAGGAUGCCUGAUGUGCUAUGUAUAGGACUUGGCGGAGGUUCACACGUAAAUAUGGUACAGAGUAACAAUGGAAAAAAGUCUGUCAAAGUCGGCCCACUGAGUUGUGGCAACAAUCUUACUGUCCAAGGGAUGGUUUUUGGUGAACCAGUUGGUGAAAAGGUGUUGACAGCAACAGACAUUGCAGUUGCAGCAGGACUUGUAAACUUAGGGGACCCUAGCAAAGUGGCACACUUAGACAAGCAGUUAAUUGACAGUGCAGUUGAAGAAAUGCAUUUCAUGGUAGAGUCUGCAAUUGACAAAGUUAAGUUGAAAUCCAUGGACCAACCCAUAAUACUGGUCGGUGGGGGCAGCAUUCUAGUUGAUGAAAGGAGACAGUUACAAGGGGUAUCUACUGUUAUCAAGCCGCCACACUUUGAGGUUGCAAAUGCUGUAGGGGCAGCCCUGAGCCAAGUGAGUGGUGAAAAAGAUGUGGUGGUGAGAAUGGACAAGGCAGUCCAAGAUAUGCUGAAUGAAAAUUCAACAGACGAUGAGAUCAAAAAGGCCAAAGAAAUUGCAAGACAACAUGCUAUCGAUGCGGCAAAGAAAAAGGCAAUCCAGGAGGCAGUGAAUGCUGGAGCUGAUGAGAGCACAAUAGAGAUUACAGAUUUUGAAGAAAUACCGUUGACCUACCUGACUGGUAAUGCAGUGAGAUACAAAGUACAGGCCAUAGGAUCUCUCAAGUUAACUGAUCAACAAUGUCAUUCUGCUACUGUUGAUGUGGUUGUCAAGCAACCAGAGAAAGAUGAAGCUCCUCAGGAAGUAUUACAAAGUCAAGCUUGUGAUCUGUUUAAAGUAGGGAAUGCACCUGCACCAUCAGAAGAGGCAUCAGUGACAGUAGAACCAUUGGCGGCGAAAGACAAUGCCAGUGAUGAUCCACACAUUGAUACUGUCACAGGGGAAUGGUUGCUAUCAGAGCGAGACAUCGACUGUAUUUCUAUAGGUGCUACUAUUCUUGGAUGUGGUGGAGGAGGGAAUCCGUAUUUUUUAAAACUGCAAACCAAACGUCAAAUUCAAGAUGGUAAAAGAAUAAGAGUUAUAACACCUGAGAGAAUUAAUGAUAAUGGUAUUGUUUCUUGUAUUGCCUAUAUGGGAGCUCCGAUGAUAACGAUAGAAAAACUGACUUGCGAUAGUGAAUUAGUUGGCUCUGUUUUAUGCAUGCAAAAUAUACUGAAGUCUGGUUACAGUGAUGGCUAUAUUCAGGAUGAAGAUGGAAUUAAUGUCAAAGAGAUAGAUGGACUCAGAUAUAUUGAUGACUAUCACAGUGACUGUACAUCAGUAAUGAAACCGGAUGCGACAAAUACUUUGACUGCUCUAAUGAGUGCUGAGAUAGGUGGUCUUAAUUCAAUGGCACCGUUGUACGUUGGCAGUGUUCUAGAUAUUCCAGUUGUAGAUGCCGAUGGUAUGGGAAGGGCAUUUCCUGAGUUACAAAUGUUUGUUCCAAAUAUUUGUGGUCUACCUAUGCAUCCAUGCUGCUUGUCAGAUGAGAAAGGUAGAAGAGCUGUUGUGUUAAAGGCAAACACUGCGAAAGAUAUUGAAGAUUAUAUGCGUAAAGUUGUGGUAGAAAUGGGAUGCAAAGGAGCCCUUUCUUGUUGUACAUUCAAUAAAGAAGACAUCAUGUCCCACAGUGUGAAGUAUUCUAUCAGUAGAGCUUGGCGUCUCGGUCAAGCUGUAAUUCAUGCUAAGAGUAUCAAGGCAGACCCGAUACAAGCAAUAUUGAAGUGUGAAAAUGGAAAACUUUUAAUUAAUGGAAAGGUUUUAGCAUGUGUUCCUGACUUGAUCACUAUCAUUGACACCGACACUGGGGAGUGUAUUCCCACUGAUGAAGUACGAUAUGGACUACGUGUCACUGUGCUUGUGUUACCAUCAGCGCAUGUUCUAAGAACACCUACAGCAUUAGAGGUGAUUGGUCCACAGGCAUUUGGAUACUCAGAAGAAGUACAGUACCAUCCAGUGUGUGACAGCUCUGCUUAUGAUCCAAUACCACCAAUGUAGUUCCUAUUCAUACAGUAAAUAUCAUAUACUGUAUAUCAUGGUAUAUAUAA